GACUCGUGAGGGGGCGGGGCAGAGUGUGAGGAGAAAAGGCGCGGCAGCGGCGGCCGUUGAGGAAGUUGUUCGCCGGCAUAUUGUACUCGAUGGACCUGGAGCGGCGGAGGCACCUGAAGGAGGAGGAAAAGGAGCCGGAGGCAGAUUAUUAAUAGAAGAAAAAAGGCUGUCAACAUGGAGUCUGUCUGGGAAUGCGGUUAGUCAAUAAGUUAUGAUGAUACAGUACAACUUGCACGGUGGUAUGGAAGAAAAAAACAAGACAAAGUAUCUUAGUGUUUUGGAAAUAAAAGUAUUCUACUGGACUAUGCUAAAACCUAUUAGUGUCAAGGGUUAUUCAGUCUCUGAAGAACUUUAAGAUAAAAAGUUGAAAUAUCCAGCAAUGUCUGAUAAAUAAUUUGGAAACCCUCAUGACUGUUGCAGAAGAAUGGCUGUAAUUUGGAUGAUCCAUUAUCUUUGGCUUUUGGCAGUGCUAGCAAGAUGCAGCGGUGGCCACAGCCUAUUCUCAUGUGAGCCCAUAAUCCUGAGGAUGUGCCAAGAUCUUCCGUACAAUACCACAUUUAUGCCUAACCUUUUGAAUCAUUAUGAUCAACAAACAGCAGCUCUAGCAAUGGAACCAUUUCAUCCUAUGGUAAACCUUGAUUGUUCCCGAGACUUUCGACCAUUCCUAUGUGCUCUCUAUGCUCCUGUUUGCAUGGAAUAUGGUAGAGUCACCCUCCCAUGUCGCAGAAUUUGUCAACGAGCAUAUAAUGAAUGUUCAAAGCUCAUGGAGAUGUUUGGUGUGUCUUGGCCUGAAGACAUGGAAUGCAACAGGUUCCCAGACUGUGAUGAGCCUUACCCUCGCCCCAUUGACCUCAAUGUAGCUGGGGAACCAACAGAAAAGGCAACAGUGGAAGUGCAAAGAGACUAUGGUUUUUGGUGCCCUCGAGAACUGAAAAUAGACCCCGAUCUGGGCUACACAUUCCUGCGGGUACGGGACUGCUCCCCUCCUUGUCCAAAUAUGUACUUUAGACAAGAAGAACUUUCUUUCGCACGGUACUUCAUUGGUGUGAUCUCCAUUGUCUGCCUUUCCGCUACCUUGUUCACUUUCUUGACUUUCCUGAUUGAUGUCACAAGAUUUCGCUAUCCAGAAAGACCCAUAAUCUUCUAUGCUGUUUGUUACAUGAUGGUGUCCCUCAUUUUCUUCAUUGGCUUUUUGCUAGAGGACCGGGUUGCCUGCAAUGCUUCUGGCCCUGCCACUUACAAGGCUUCCACAGUGACACAGGGCUCUCACAAUAAAGCAUGCACCAUGCUUUUCAUGGUGCUGUAUUUCUUUACCAUGGCUGGGAGCGUUUGGUGGGUGAUUCUUACCAUCACUUGGUUUUUGGCAGCUGUCCCAAAAUGGGGUAGUGAAGCCAUUGAGAAGAAAGCCCUCCUCUUCCAUGCUAGUGCAUGGGGCAUCCCUGGAACCCUUACCAUCAUUCUCCUAGCUAUGAAUAAAAUAGAAGGUGAUAACAUCAGUGGCGUGUGUUUUGUUGGCCUUUAUGAUGUAGAUGCCUUGAGAUACUUUGUUCUUGCUCCUCUCUGCCUGUAUGUGGUGGUUGGAGUUUCUUUGCUACUUGCUGGCAUCAUUUCUUUAAAUCGGGUUCGUAUUGAAAUUCCCUUAGAGAAGGAAAACCAGGACAAGUUGGUGAAAUUUAUGAUUCGGAUUGGCGUCUUCAGUGUACUGUAUCUUGUGCCACUCUUGGUUGUCAUUGGCUGCUAUUUCUAUGAACAAGCUUACCGAAGUGUGUGGGAGACAACAUGGAUUCAAGAAAGGUGCAAGGAAUAUCACAUACCCUGCCCUUAUCAGGUUACCCAGAUGAGUCGACCGGACUUGAUCCUCUUCCUUAUGAAAUAUCUGAUGGCCCUCAUAGUGGGAAUCCCAUCAGUCUUUUGGGUUGGAAGUAAAAAGACUUGCUUUGAAUGGGCCAGCUUUUUUCAUGGGCGCAGGAAAAAAGAGGUUGUUAAUGAGAGCCGGCAAGUACUUCAGGAACCCGACUUUGCUCAGUCUCUCUUGAGAGAUCCAAAUACACCCAUAAUUCGCAAAUCCAGAGGGACUUCCACCCAAGGGACUUCUACUCAUGCCUCCUCUACACAAUUGGCUAUGAUGGAUGACCAGCGAAGCAAAGCAGGCAGUGUGCAUAGCAAAGUCAGUAGCUACCAUGGCAGCUUGCAUAGGUCACGAGAUGGCAGAUAUACCCCCUGCAGUUACCGUGGAAUUGAAGAUCGACUACCUCAUGGCAGUAUGUCCCGAUUGACUGACCACUCCAGGCAUAGCAGUUCCCAUCGGCUCAAUGAUCAGUCACGUCACAGUAGCACCAGAGACCUCAGUGGAAAUCCAGUAACUCACAUAACUCAUGGCACCAGCAUGAACCGAGUUAUUGAAGAGGAUGGGACCAGCGCUUGAUCUGCACUUCUUUUCCCAUCUCACACUUAUUUUUAAAUGAACGGCAUCCAUUUCAUAUCAAAAUAAUAUAUCAGCUUUUACUCCUCUUAUCAGCCAGAAUGGCACCCAUUUCGGUCAGUACCUUUUCCCUGUAGCUCAAGAUUUCUUAGGAAGACUGCCUCUAAGCAAGUCUGUAGUUGAUCAAGUCUACAAGUUAACUGUGGGUGCAUUUAAGAUUGGCUACUAUAUUUAUUUGUUGAUGUUUUCCCCGUAUUUUCUAAAAAAUCCCCAUGCAUCUAUAAGUGACAGACUAUGAAGGCUCUAUGAAAAUUUCCCAAAGUAGAAGACUAGGUUUGCUUUUUUGUGGAGGGAGAGAUCUGUUUUGCUUUUUUCCAUUCUAAUAAAAUAAUAAACUAGUUACGUUAUUCUCCCGAGACACAGAAUGUAGGCUGCAUAUUAAAAACUGUAUAGAGAUUAUUAGUGAAUGCACUGGAAAAAAAGGAACAAAAGGAAAAAAAAUAGCAAAAGUCUUAAUAUUGUUGGCUCUUAAUUUAACUUCUGGUUUUGAUGGAGAGGGAGGGACAUUUAGUGUAAAGUUUCUUGUAUUGUUUGUGUUUUGGUAGAAAAUAUUCCAAUUUACUACUAGUUUUCAAAGAAAAGCAAAGUGGAAUUGGUUCUUAAUUAUCAAACUCAACACCUUCAAAAUUCUCAUUGAAUAGGAGAGAAAUAGGAAUAGGAGAGAAAUUGAUUUCUUAAUAUAGCAACUAAUGUAGCCUUUAGGAAUAUUACAAAAAUUCCCCCAUGCUUCAGUUCUUUCAGCAUCAGUGCCUUGAACGUUUCAUUCUAUAUCUACCCUGUUGCCCCGAAAAUAAGACCUCCCCGAUAAUAAGCCCAGUUGGGCUUUUGAGCGCAUGCGCUAAAAUAAGCCUCCCCCCAAAAAAUAAGACCUCCCCGAAAAUAUUUAAACACAGAGCUAGAAAUCAGAUAAGACGGCAAGAGGAUCCCCAUCUUGCUCCAUGCACCCCAAAAUAAUAAGACCUCCCUGAAAAUAAGACCAAGCGCUUAUUUCAGGGUUCAAAAAAAUAUAAGACAGGAUUUUAUUUUUGGGGAAACACAGUAUUCUAGGACAUUUUGGGAGGAAAGAGUUAAUGAAAAAUUUCAAAGAAUCGUGAGAUUUUUUUUGAGAAAUGAAGGGCAAGAAGAUCCAUAAAAUAAUAAGUACUUUGAAUAAUCUGUUAUUCUGUUUAUGAAGAAUAUUUGCUCAGCCCUGCAGAAAGCCAUUGAGGAGAAAAUGUUGAAUUCAAUCAUCUUGAGUCCCAAACUCAAGAUACGCAUAUGGAAACCAGACGAACAAAUGCAGCCAAACCAUUCAAUGUACAUAUUGUAAGAAGCUUUUUGAAUUCAACUGCCCAAUUGCAAAGUACUAGCUUUCAGCUUAUUAUUUCAAAGUUCUUUGAUAUUUAGGGACCACUUCAAGAUUAACAGCAGUGAGACUAUAAUUCCAGAAUAGGGAUUUUUCUCAUUUGAAGAU